GAUAUUUCAAUUACAUUAAAUUUCUUUUAAAAUGUUUUCCAAUUCAUGCUGACCUCCUUACGAUAGGAGGCGCAAAUGAGUAAAUCUAGCACUUAUACCGAGCUGCCCGUAGUGAAAUGGUCAAGGCAUUUUAAAAACGUUGUGGCUACAUUUAUGACAAUGUCUAAAAGCAUUACUUGGCCCCGAGUCGUUCUCUUUGGAGACUCGAUUACUCAGUUUUCGUUCCAGGCGAACGGCUGGGGCUCCGAAAUCGCAAACAAGCUUGCGAGAAAAUGCGACGUGGUGAACAGAGGCCUGUCCGGCUACAACUCCAGGUGGGCUACGGUGGUCCUCCCUCGCAUCAUUCCCAAACGCGCCCCGGACGCCUCCAUCGCAGCGGUCACCAUCGCCUUCGGUGCCAACGACUGUUCCCUGGAAGAUAAGAAUCCACAGCAACAUGUUCCAUGUGAGGAAUACAAAGAGAACUUGAAAGAAAUGGUUAAAUUCCUCGCCUCAGCCGGGGUGUCUAAUGACAAAGUUAUAUUAAUUACACCUCCACCACUUCAUGAGGAAUGGUGGGAGAAAGAGUGCAUCCUGAAAGGCUCAUCCCUGAACCGUCUUAACUCUGUGACUGGGCAAUAUGCCCAGGCCUGUGUCCAGACUGCAAGCCACUGUGGAGUGGAUGUAUUGGACCUCUGGUCCCUUAUGCAGAAAGAUGGAGAGGAUUUCUCAGUGUACCUCUCAGAUGGCUUGCACCUCUCCGACAAGGGCAACCAGUUUGUGGCUGAACACCUGUGGAGACUCCUGGAGAGUCGAGUGGCUGACUUGCCUUUCAUCCUGCCGUACUGGGCAGAUGUAGAUCCCAAGACCCCAGAGAACAGCCUGCUGUGAUUAGACUGAGUAGGCUUGACGAUCCCUGAACUGCACUGAGGCUCUCUGGUAUGGCUCCACGAUGACAACUUGCCUAAGUAGUUGGUGCUUAUGAAGCUGUACUUGUUUGAGAGCAGGGCCAGGAUUAAUAAUACAGGGGAAAGGUGGCAUUUUUAAGCAGGGCUUUCAGCAUUGGCUGGUGCUUCUUAGGUUAAGAAUAUAUCGGUCUACAAACAGAUGUAUGUAGUUGGAUCAAUGGAGCACAAGUUUCCAAGAAUCUGUACAGAUGAACUGAUUCUGAUUGACUGGAUUGUUUAACAACUGCUGGUCAAGCUGGUUACAGUAGUGGGGAUAUUGGACUUUUAUUAAAUAGUCACACAUUGUCUUUAGAUGCUUUUUCAGAUGAAAAACCACCAAGACGUUUCACACCUAUACACAUGCGCAAAAAAGCUCAGUGCAUCCAGAUUUUUCACUGCUUGAAAAGAAGAAAAAAAAAAAAAGUGAUGACCGUUAAUGAGGACAAAAGGUUUUGUUCACUCAUCCCAUGUCCAAAAUGUUUAGUGAAGGGUUGUGUUCAUGUUCUUAAUAAAUGCUUACUUUUGCA